AUGUCCUUCAACAUCCCUUCCCUUAAGCGGGCCCAGACCGACAUCCCUGCGCAGCAAUCGAGUCCACUGCGACACGGAUCCACGGCUUCCACCAAUUCAUCUUCCUACUCCGUUGAAUCUGGCUCUUUCGCCCCCAGUCGCACAAGCACAGUCUCUUCCAAUGCCUCCAUUCCAAGCAGCCUAGGCCACCAUCGAGGGAAGAGCGAGGCGAGCUCGAUCAUGGCCGAUUCAGCAGGGUGGUCCAACGCGGGCGCAACUUAUGAAAACAUCCGUCGAUCUCUACGGCCUCUUCAACAAGCGCCAAACAUCUCUGCUGCCCCUGCGAGGCCUGCGCACCGCCAUACGCGCAGCCAUACAUCCAACAGCCCUCAUCCGCCGCCCCUGGUGACCGCAUUCUCCGCCCCAGAGCUCGAGACCUUCCAGAAAUCAUCGACGCGCCACUUAAGGAACCUCUCUAAAUUCGCGAAGUCUGGGGAUAAUGACGAAUUUCAAUUGACCUCUGCGACAGCUUCUGUCGUGGGAUUGCAGGGUCGGCGACGCUUGCGACGAGCCGAUUCAGUUGCUGGUCGGAACGGAGCCAUUUCACCAGAGAAGCCCAAGUUAUCAUCAUGGGCCGCUGGAAACUGGAUGGACCAACAAAGACAGUUUCUGCAAGCAUCCCCCCCAAUCGUCGAGUUGGAAGAAGCUUUGAGAGAUGGUGUGACCCUUGCCGAAGUGGUCCAAGCUAUGUACCCAGAAAAGCCUCUGGCCAUAUUCCGGAAUCCCAAGCUACAAUAUCGCCACUCAAACAACGUCGCCAUAUUUUUCCGCUUCCUUGAGCAAGUCGAACUUCCUGAUCUGUUUCGCUUCGAGCUGAUCGACUUGUACGAGAAAAAGAAUAUUCCGAAAGUGAUUCACUGCAUUCACGCGUUGUCUUGGCUGCUUUUUAAGAAUGGCAUGUUGGACUUCCGCAUGGGUAACCUGGUCGGUCAGCUUGAGUUCGAGGCUCACGAGCUGGAAAAAACGCAGAAGGGCCUCGACAAGGCGGGUGUGAGUAUGCCGAGCUUUGCAGGCAUGGCAGCGAACUUUGGCUCGGAGCCUGAGCCUGAGCCUGAGCCCGUAGAAUCAGAAGAAGAACGGAUCGACCGUGAAUUACAUGAGAAUGAGGCUUCAAUCGCUGAUUUCCAAGCUCAGAUCCGAGGAGCCAUGUUGCGUUUGCAGCUUGGUAACAUAAUGAAUGAUCUUUGGGACUUCGAGCCGCUGCUCGUUGAGCUGCAAUCCCGAAUAAGAGGCGAUUGGGCUCGGCAGAUCAGCUCGUAUCACCUUAGCAUGCGCCAAUUUGCGGUCCAGCUUCAGACAAUCAGCCGCGGUUUUCUUGUACGUCAGCGCCAACAGGGAGAAAUGCAACGGCGAAAGGCCCAGGAGUGCGACAUACUUGCGUUGCAAAGUUUAAUUCGCGCUGCCAGGGUGCGGGCUCAAACGAGCACCUUGAAGACUUCUGUGAGGAAAGAGGAACCUGGCAUCAAGGAGUUUCAGGCUGCUAUUCGGGGUGCACUCCGACGCAAAAUUGUCGCAGACCAGUACGACGAAACACGAUAUGCUGAAAAUGAUGUUACAACUCUACAAGCCGUGAUUCGCGGUGCCUUGCACCGACGACAGAUAAGUGCGCAGUCUGAACAGAUAAAGGAAGCCAGCCGGCCAGUUCAAUCAUUGCAGGCAGCGAUCCGAGGUUUACUCGCUCGCCAACACAUUUGCGAAAUUAAGCUGUCACUUGAGACUGAAACAGGCUCUAUUACUUCACUCCAAGCAGCACUCCGGGCAUUCUCAUCUAGGAAGCAGCACUCGCAGCUGCUUGCUGCCUUGACCAACACGGAGGCCUCAUGUAUUGCCCUGCAAUCGUUCGUACGUGGGGUCGCUGUACGGAAGGGUAACGCUGCCAUCCGCGAGAAACUCAGCCAGCAUGCCUCCCUUGUAACACAGUUGCAGGCUAUGUGGAGGGGGCAGGCACUGAGAGAUUUCCUUGAUGCACAGAAAUUUGCCUUGCUGAAGGAGGAAAGUGUUAUAGUAGACCUCCAGAAUCGGGCAAGAGGCGCACUCUACCGCAAGCAUCUGAAAGAGGAGCGACAUACUUUGGAGCAGCAAGAACCCUCUAUCAUUGAAUUGCAAGCGCUUUCGAGAGCUGCAAUCCAUCGUAUCCAAAUUGGUGAACUUCUUUCCCGUCUCGAAGAGAACGAAGAAGAGAUUGUCGAGAUUCAAGCUUUGGCUCGCGCUAUGAUGGCCCGAGUGCAGGUCGGCGAGAUGCUGGCAGAUCUUGAAUCCGAAGAGGACUUCAUUGUUGACAUGCAGUCCCGUAUGCGAGGACUUCUUAUUCGAAAACGCUUCGAGGAGAGGCGACGCCAUUACAACGAAAACAUGGAGAAGGUUAUCAAGGCCCAGAGUGUAAUUCGCGGCCGAAUUCAAGGACAAGCCUACAAAAGUCUUACUAGUGGCAAAAAUCCACCCGUUGGAACGGUUAAAGGCUUUGUUCAUCUCCUCAAUGAUAGCGACUUUGAUUUCGAUGAAGAGAUAGAGUUUGAGCGAUUACGAAAGACUGUUGUUCAACAAGUCCGCCAGAACGAGCUUGCCGAACAGUAUAUCAGUCAAUUGGAUAUCAAGAUCGCGCUCCUUGUCAAGAACAAGAUUACCCUCGAUGAAGUUGUCAAGCACCAAAAACAUUUUGGUGGCCACAUUGGCAGCCUAUUAUCCAACACAGAAAUCUCGUCAAAAGAUCCCUACGAUCUCAAAGCCCUCAACAAGACCUCAAGGAGGAAACUCGACCAGUACCAGGUGCUUUUCUUCCUCCUCCAGACGCAAUCCCAAUACUUGGCUCGAUUGUUCCGUCGACUUCGCGAACUCAAUACCUCCGACAAGGAAUAUGAGCGUAUAAGACAUUUGAUGAUGGGUCUCUUUGGAUAUUCCCAAAAGAGGCGAGAAGAAUACUACCUCAUCAAAUUGAUUGCGCGCUCAGUCAAGGAGGAUGUCGAUGGUUUUGUAAGCCUUGCUGAAUUCUUACGGUGCCAUGCUUUCUGGAGUAAGCUUUUCGGCUCAUAUGCGAAGUCUCCUCGUGAUAGAAAAUUCAUGAGAGACGUCCUCGGCACGGUAGUGAAGGAAUCUGUCGUUGACAACCCUGAGCUCGACCUUGAAAGCGACCCCAUUCAGAUAUACCGCUCCUCUAUCAACAAUGAAGAGCUUCGUACAGGUCAACGGAGUCGCCGACACCCAGAUCUACCUAGAGAAGAGGCGAUUCGUGAUCCCGAGACUCGCGAGACGUUUAUCCAAAACCUGCAAGACCUUCGCGACAUUGCUGAUCAAUUUUUCUUGGCCUUCGAGGACUUCUUGUACCGCAUGCCUUUUGGAGUAAGAUAUCUUGCUAAGGAAAUGUACGAGUAUCUUCUCGCCCGUUUCCCGCAGGAUGAUCCUGGACUCAUUCUCCAAACGGUUGGUCACUGGGUGUGGAGGAAUUAUUUCCAACCUGCAUUACUCGAGCCCGAAAAGUAUGGUGUGGUUGAUCGUGGCUUGACGCAAGAGCAGAAGAAGAAUCUUGCAGAAAUUUCGAAGGUUGUGGCGCAGGUCGCCUCUGGAAGACUCUUUGGAGCCGAGAAUGUGUAUCUCCAGCCAUUGAACACUUACAUCGGAGAGUCAAUACAGCGUUUGGGUCGCACUUGGGGACAAAUGAUUUCUGUCCAGGAUGCUGAGACUUACUUCGAUAUCGAUGAAUUCAACGACCUUUACGCUAAGGCCAAACCCACUUUGUACAUCAAAAUGUCUGACAUCUUCUCUAUUCACCAGCUGGUGGCAUCACAAGUCGAUUUCAUGUGUCCCAACCCAGAUGAUUUCCUCAAGCAGCUCUUACGCGACCUCGGGAAUGUUAAGAACAACGAGAACGAAUUGAUGAGUGUUAGCUCGACGGAAAUCAAUCUGACCUUGAACCCUAAGCUGGCACAGGUUGAAGAUCCGGAAGCAGCUGUCAAGGCCUUGUUCAUGGAGACCAAGCGAUGCAUUUUGUAUAUCAUUCGAGUGCAAAGUGGCACUAAUUUGAUGGACAUCAUGCUUAAGUCCCCCUCGGAGGAAGAUGAGGAUAGGUGGCAGACCUUGGUGCGUGAUGAGCUACACACCAACAACCCCCGGCGGGGGGCCUACUCUGAGGCUAGCACUUUGGUCGACAUUGGUGCUAUGAGCUACUCAGAACUCAAGGGCACUGCUCUCGAGAAUAUUCUCCGUCUCGAGCAAGCGGGCAAGAUCAGCCGGCACAACCACUACCAAGACCUCCUCAACGCCAUUGCCAUCGACAUCCGAACCAAGCACCGCCGCCGCAUCCAGCGCGAACGAGAACUCGAGGGCGCGCGAUUAACCUCAACCCGACUGAGCGACCAAGCUGUCUACUUAGAGGGUCAACUCAAGACGUACAAUGAUUACAUUGAGCAAGCAAUGAUCACUCUGCAAAAUAAGAAGGGCAAGAAACGGUUCCUGAUGCCCUUCACCAAACAAUGGGACCACCAACGAGAGCUUCAGAAAUCAGGCAAGGUAUUCAAGUUUGGUUCGUACAAGUAUUCUGCUCGAACACUCGCCGACCGCGGUGUGCUGGUUGGUUGGAAGGGCUAUACCGAGCGGCAAUACGACCGAGUCGACUUGACAAUCUCUAGUAACGAAGUCGGAGUAUUUACGAUUGACGGCAGCAGUGGCAACAUGAUGGUGCCUGGUGCCAGCGCACAGGUUCCGCUGGAUGACCUGCUACAGGCUCAAUUCAAUAAUUCACAGUUCAUGGACUUCUUCGAUGGGCAGAUGCGGGUGAAUGUGAACCUGUUCCUGCAUUUGAUUAUGAAGAAAUUCUACAACGAGUGA